AUGUCUUCAGUUCGAACUAAGAUAUCAAUGAUAGGCAACUCAUUUAGAGAAAAUAUUGCCAUUGAUGUGAUUCAUAUUGCUAUGCUAGACGCAAAUAUCUCUUUCAAUAGGUUCGAUAAUAUAGAGGCACAUUGUGAAUUACGAUUGAGCGGAAAAACUGCAAAAGGGGAAACCAUUGUUAGUAAUAAUUACUGGGGCAUUCUUGAAGAAUCUGAGAUUAGCGAACGAAUAUGUGAUUCACGCAUUGAUAACACUCUGCUUCCAAUAGAAAUUCCACCGUUUCUUUUGUCCUUUACUGAACCUACUAUGAAUACACAGUAUGAAGAAAUAACUACAGCUUCAAAUCGGCUUCUUAAAAUAAUACGAGAAACCAUUGUGAUUGAUGAAGGAGAAAUAUUUGUUUAUAACGAAGGAACAACACUUUAUUUUGAGCCUGGAAGAGGAAUCGUGAUUUUAGGUACAGAAUGA